AUGAUUCCGCGCGAGAUGCCUCGCAUCUACUUCGACACGGCGGAGAUAGUCCCCCGUUGCGCACCGGGCCGCUGGGUGUUCGACGCGGCGGGUCGACCUGUAGAGAAACCUGCGCCUCAAUUUGAAGCACGAGCCUUACUUGAAGGACAAGCCAUUGCCAGGAGAGUGCAUGCUGAAGACAUGGGGUUCAAAUUAGACUCGUCGUCCCGCGUGAUCGCGACGGGCGGCGCCUCCGUCAACAAGGAGCUUCUGCAGAUAUUUGCAGAUGUCUUCAACACCCCCGUUUACGUACAAGAGCAACACGCGAACGCAGCACUCUUCGGCGCAGCGAUGCGUGCCGCGCAGGUGUGCAGCUCGGCGGAGACGAGUCCGCAGCUGGCCGUGGCGCCCCUCGCCACCCCCUACCCCGACGACGAGCGGAUCUACACGCCCGUGCUGGCCAGGUACCGCGACAUCAUCCACAACAUACCCAAGUUACUGUGAACGGUUAUACAAUAGUCGGCGGGUACGGAGGUCACCACACUUAUUAACGCUGAAUUUACUUGAAAACCUCACGGUGUACUGUGCCAUACUGAAGCCUAUUUUCUUUUUAUCCUAUCGAUGGCAUAGACUUAAGCGCUGGUCACACCGCAAACGAAGCGAAGCUAACUUAGCUUAGCUCACGUAUUUGCUUGCAACCAACUAUGCCAGCUAAGCUAACUUAGCUUAGCCUUCAAAAGAACGUCCUUCAGAAUCAGGAGAGGAUCCUUGUUACUAACCUCCUGUCAGACCAACUGCUUUCCUGUACCAUUCAAACCUUUCCUUUAUUUUU